AAUUGUCGUGGACAGAUGGGUCGCUCACCAGUGAUGGUAGCAGGUUUGCAUGGGAAGAAGGAUGUUUUCGACCUGCUAGUGUCAAAGGGAGCUGAUCUCACACUAAGAACUGACAACAAUGACACCGUCUUUCAUCUGGCAUGUCAAGGUGUAAAUAGUCCCAUUGUUGAAUACCUGCUACCACUGUUUGGCAUUAAUUGUCGUGGACACAUGGGUCGCUCACCAGUGAUGAUAGCAGGUUUGCAUGGGAAGAAGGAUGUUUUCGAGCUGCUCUUGUCAAAGGGAGCUGAUCUCACACUAAGAGAUGACAACAAUGUCACCGUCCUUCAUCUGGCACGUCAAGGUGGAAAUUCUCCCAUUGUGGAAUACCUGCUACCACUGUUUGACAUUAAUUGUCGUGGACGGAUAGACGGGUUUACACCAGUGAUGUUAGCAGCUUUCUCGGGAAAACACAGUAUUUGGGAACUCCUUCUGAAACGUGUAGGUAACCGUGUUUGUGUAGGUGAUGAUAAUCACACAACACUACACACUGCAUGUAGAGGUGGUAACAUGUUGAUUGUUGAAGAUGUCAUAGGUGAUUUUGACAUUGACACAAAAGAUCUUCACGGUCGCACACCACUCCUGGAGGCAGCUAGAGGAGGCCACAUUCCUGUUGUUGACUUCCUUUUGUCCCGAAACGCUGACGUUAAAAUAGUGGACAAUAUGGAGAAUAGUCUGCUACACGUUGCUUUUAUAGGUGGGCACCUUGGUAUGGUGAAACAUGUGUGUCCAUGGUUUAAUACUGAUGACAGAGACACACAUGGGUGGACUCCUACAAUGGUAGCAUCUAUAUUUGGAAAGUCUGCAGUGUUUGACUACCUCAGACGACAAGGUGCAGAUCUGACACUGGUUGAUAGGACUGGAGAUGAUUUGUUCACUCUCGCCCUUCAGGGAGGAUGUAGACAAAUCAUAGAACGAUUAUCACCUGAUGGACAAUAUGUGAAGAAGCACAUCCCCUUGGACAAUACUGAUGAGAUCGGUAGUGACAGUAUCUUUUGAAAUGUUGAAAGUUGCUAUGACAACAGUCCUGAGUUGGUUCAGACAGAUCAGUUUGGAGUCUGCUUCAUCUGACUUGUCCCGGAGCCAACAGACAAUGUGUGGAGUAUCUGCUCCCGACCUUUGACAUCAAUGUCAGAGGUCGGUACAACUUGACACCGGUGAUGAUGGCGGCUGUGUGUGGACAUUGGGAUGUGUUCCAGCUACUGGUGGACCACAAGGCAGAUCUCUUUCUGGUCUCAGACACAAGCGAAUGCAUCCUUACUCUGGCUCAGAGCGGACAGAGUAAUGUCAUUGUGGAAUACCUGAGGAAUAAGUCAGGGAAUUCUCGGGAAUGAGAAAGAUUUGAAAAAGGUUUGGACAGCUGAUGGACUUUCCUAAAAGCUCAAAAAUGUCAAGGAUCAUCCUGGGCAUCAAAGAUUGAAUUCUUAAAUAUACUGAUACACUGUUAAAAUGCAUAAUAAGUAUGAACAAGAAAGCAACAAAGGAAUUUUGUACACAGCAGAUGACACUUCAAAUGAAACCUGUAUUACGACAUUAUUGAUUUUGAUGAUCUUAUGCCUCAAUAAGCUGAACAAUCUGAUGUUUGUGAGGUCAAAAUUGUCAAAUAAAUACAAAUAAUCUAGUAUGCUUUUCAAAUCGUCUCAGUAUGCAAUUUGAAUAUGCCUAUCUUCUUUAGUGAAUGUUUGGAAGAUAACACCCUCUUGUAUUUGACACUUGACUUAUCGGUGUUGCUCUUGGUACCAAUUGUAAUCAGAUGUUGUAGAUAUGUAAAUUGAUGUCUAUAUCAUUUUGACACAGAACAUAAUGCUGCAGUACAUAGGUGCAUAAUAUUACAUUAGUUUACUCCUGGGCACUUAAAUAAGCAUUAAACUUUGUGAGCAAUAAAUAAGUGCAUGGAUGGGAACAGGUCGGUGAAAAUGUUCAAUAUGACGUCAAAGUUCCCAGGAACCACCGCAUCCAAAUAUUAACUGUCAACAUAAAUCUAUAUCAUUUCAAUUUUACAAAUAUAUGUUAAAUCUUGUCCUCUCAUUAAUCCUUUUGAUUUAAAUAUGCACUUACUAUAUUGCUUGUUGCAAAGGCACACUUUGAAAAAUGAUGUACAUUCAGGAAUUAAUAAAUGUUUAUUUCAUGCCAAGACAUGUUCCUUCGUUGCUAUGGAUACCAACUAUUGACUUGUAAUCAGAUGUCGUAGAUAUGUAAAUAGAUGUCUAUGUAAUUGUCUGACACAAUUUGUUCAUUCCUGGAGAAAUACUGAUAAAAGACAUUACAGAUGUUCACUAUAUAUAUGACAUUAUGUAUUGACAAUAUGUGCUGGUUGCAAAUGCUUUAUAACGAAAAUAAUUCACAUUCAGUGAUUACUGGAUGGUUUUUUUUCAUGCCAACGUAUGCUUUCUUUGGCGGCUGUGGGUAGCAACUCUUGGUCUAUAAUCAGAUUCUGUAGAUAUGUACAUAGAUGUCUAUGUAAUUGCUUGACAUAGUUUGUUCAUCCCUGGAGAAUUACGAUGAACUGAGGGACUCGUAUUUCAUCUGUUCACUAAAUAUUUGACACAAUGCAUUGACUAUACUUUCUGGUUUCAAAUCUGAGAUAUUGUAAAUAAUUCACAUCUCAAUUAUUACAUGCUUAUUUAAGACAU